GGAGGUCCAUGAUUUCCGGGAAUAGUUUUGCCAGUGGGAAGGUGCGCGCAGGGGGACCUGUUGGAAAUGACGCGAGCUGAAAUCCUGUCUCAGAAAAGAAAUCACAACAAACAACCCGGGGUCUAAGGCAGAGUGCACGGAGCCUGCGGAAAACAGGGUAAUGCUCAAUGGAGACGCUCAUGAGUGCCGUGGCCCCGCGUGCACCGGCGACGGUGAAGCGGGUGUCCGAGGUGGACUUCCGCUCGGGCACGACGCUGGAGCAGCUGUCGGCUCAGGUGCAGGAGCUUGUGCAGCUGGAACAGGGUGAGUUCGGAGACCAGACCGCACUCGAGGUGCACACGGCCAAAGACUUCAUCUUUAAUAUGUUGGGCCUGGUGCAGAAGGUAGACAAGCGACUGCCGGUUGCCAAUGAAUACCUGCUGCUAUCAGGUGGCGCUAGGGAAGGUGUUCUCGACCUUAAUCCAGAGGACCUAGGUGACUACGCCAAAGGCGUUGACUUUGAUUUGGACUUCACUCUCCUGGUGCCCGCUCUUAAACUGCACGACCGCAAUCAACCCGUGACACUAGACAUGCGCCAUUCCCCACCAUGCCAUUCGUGGCUGAGCCUGCGCCUCUGCGACCCUGCAGUGCUGACGCGUUGGAGUAUCUGCUGUCAAGACGAGAAAAACAGAGAGAAUGUGGAAGAUGAGGAGGAAGAAACCGAAGCAGUACGAGGCUCAAUCCCGUCCCUGCAGCCGCCUCAAACGUUAGACGGAUGUUACUUCUCUCCGUUGCUGGUUGCAGAUUGGUUCUGGAGUGUUGUUGGGACGGCGGUGGAAGAGUUGCGGCAAAAUCCUCAAAGAGGUAUUCCUGUUCCUGAUCGUGUAGAACGGAAUGGUCCACUAACGACACUGAUUCUCACUGCGGGAACUAGCCGUAUCCUUUACGACUUGCUUCCGGUGGUGUCAUUUCGUGGUUGGCCGGCUGUCGCUCAGGGCUGGCUCACGACCAAUCAUUUUUGGGAUGGUAAGAUAACGGAGGAGGAGGCCAUCAGCGGGUUCUACUUGCUUCCUUGCUGUUCCCCAUCUGCCAGCCCCUCAACCAGACCUGACCGCGAAUGGAGACUUGCCUUCUCCCGCAGUGAGGUUCAGCUAAAGAAAUGCGUGCCCUACCCAAUGGCACAAGCCUUCCAAGCAGCUAAAGCUGUACUGUCAAGACUCUUAGCUCGCCCUCGCACGGGCCUUAGCCUCUACCACCUACGUACCUUGAUGUUUUGGGCUUGCGAUCGCUUGCCUACGAGCUACCUUAGCUGUCCAGAUCACGAGACUCCUGCACGGCUAUUCCUCGGUCUACUUGAUGACUUGGCUCACUGCAUUCUGGGCAAAAACUGUCCUAAUUACUUCCUCCCCCAGUGCAACAUGCUAGAGCACCUCACGGACAGCGCCGCCCUGUUAGUGGCACGAAAACUUGCACAUUUACGCUCCGACCCCGCAGAGCACUUAAGAGCCGCUUUGGAGCAGGCACAACAGGCAUGCCAGCUCAAACGCGAGGCUGCAGUAGCAGCUGCGAGUAAUGGCCAUGGGUUAUCAUCGCCUAGCCACGGAUAUGGUGCGGGAUCACCACAGGAUGACCGGCUAGCACAACGACUGCAACAGCUGGUGACAGAAAACCCUGGCAAAUCUAUUUCAGUCUUCCUAAACCCAGAUGACGUUACACGUCCACAUUUCCGGAUUGAUGACAAGUUCUACUGAGUGGACUGAGCUGGUUUACACACUGCCCAGGGUACGGAAACCCUAUACGACAGAACUUAUAGAGGACAUAGUCAAGUCACUGUGCUACUGUAUUACACCAAAUAGUAAAACAGAGGGGUUUUCUUCCCUCUGUGCAAGGCUGACUACAAUCAAAGCAGUUGCUUGACACUCCAGUGAGGGAUUGUAUGAGUUCACAGGUGUCACAAAUGUCAGGGAGAACAAAAGUAACAGGUGGAACGCUAGAUUUUAGUCAUAGGACGAAAUUCAAUCAAAUGUCAAUUACAUCCCAAGGAAAUCCCCAGUGACAGACUGCACUUCAAAAAGACUUGAUGCUAUUCUGUAGAGUUCGAAAAUGUUUUUUUUCUUUUUUUUUUUUUUUUUUUUACUUUCUACACAAUGCUACUGAGAAUGGAAACUGCUACUAUUUUCUGCUGUGUUCCACAGUGAAUCCCGAGGGCAGUAGAACUGGAAAACCAGCUAGGCCAAGGUACAUUAUGAUGAAAUCGAAUGUAAUUUUUUUGGUGUGUAUGUGUAGAGAAGUUUGCGACUAUUGAUCACAUAAUCUUCUCUUUCUUUAGUCUGUCAGUUACCCUGCUUGCUCCCUUUCUCAGGUACUUUUUAUUUUUUUCUUUUGACUGGUGAGUCUGUUCUACAGUCAAAAGCAACAAAAGCAGAAUGAGAAGACAAGGAAUAACUCGCUUACUUAUAAGAAGCUGUUGUACAGCCCGUAGAAAAAAUCUUUUUGAAACAAACGCUGGUCAAAGCUAUCUUUGUUUACCUUUUUUAGAUUCUUGAGUUAGAUGGUGUAUCAAGUUUCAGAAACUAUUUUGGAUUAUAGUGAUAGGUUGAACUGACGACACUGAUUGAUGCAGAUUUUAUAUCUUCUUGGUUCCUGGAUUCUAAUAUACACAUAAGCAGUAUCUUGGUGUUAUUCUAAGGGCUUUUCUUUGUUAAUCAUCGUUGCAUACGUCUGGGUAAAACGGAAUAUGAGAGAUGCUUUGGAAAGUGGGAUUUUGUGGCUAUAAAGGUUUGCCAGCACUGUGUGAACUGGAAUAAUAAAAGACAAAUCUAGAGCAGGCAGCGAAGGUUUAGAGAAAGGAUAGAAGAUACGUGUAAAGAGACAGAGGAAUGCAUCUCAGUGUUUUUUUUUGUGUUUUGUGAAAAGAUCCUACAGUAUCUCACUCUUCCAGAUUUGCAUUGGUAGCUGUGGGAGGCAGAGAUGGAUGGAGAAAGUCAAACACAACGUCCACUGGAUAGAUUAGGCCGAGCCAAUGGGACUCCCGAGACUGUAGACAUCUGCUCUCCCUCACUCAUUUUUGCUUUCUGUCUCCUUCCUAAAUCCUUCCCUCUUCAUCGGCCUCCAUCUCUGGCUGUUCUUGAUCCAUCUCUACCUCUUUGACUAUGCGCAAGGAUUAAAGAACAAUGUUACAUGUGUAUUCAGCAUAAAUCGCAUUAGCGCCCUGUGGGAGUUGGCAGACCAUUCGUGUGUGCUGCUGACAUGGCUGCUGCGCAUAUACAGAGCAAUCAGUAACAGCGUUGCCUUUGAAUGACAGCAAAAUGGCGAGGAAUAGGCUUUUUCUAGUGGAUUUCUUAUUCGUAUAUAUGUGAGAUGUGCUACUGAAACGUGAAUUGUGUAGUGUUGCACAUGGUACAGGUAGGUUACCGUACAAUAAAGUCUUCUGUAUGCCAAGGAAAAGACACCAAAGAGAGUUUAAAGGUCUGAUUGUUUAGAUUAAAUAUCUUGAAGGAAAACGGAUAAAUCUAUAUUGUGUUUUGUCAGGGUUGACACUGUAUACCUUAAAAGGCCUCUUUGGUGGGUUUAAAUAUUGUAAAAUGCUUGAAAUCAAUAUUUGUAAUGCUAUUUUAAGUGUUUUUCUGUGUAUAUUGACUGAUGUUUAGCACAAUGCCUGAUAUCAAAUGAGGAGUGGUACUAUGCAAGAUUUCAGAAUCAUCUUUAUGAAUGAGAUAUUAAGGCGUACAAUGCCUGUGAUCAUUAUCAGGAGCAUUUUAAAAAAUUAAUGUUCCUGCCUCGGGGCAUGAUGAAAUGUUCCAGACGCAUUUCAGGUGAAAUAUCUGAAGGAAGCCAAAGCACAUAAUUUUCCUUCCCAACUUUUUAAUGAUGUGGUCCCAGUGUUUCAUUAUCUGACAGCAUAGUCUCCCGUGUCAUGCUGUUGUGUACAAAAGUUUUUUUCGCCCUCAAGCAGAAAAGAAAAUACGAAUGUAAACAACAUAUUUUACCUCUUGAAUUAAUCUUGUCAUCAACUCAAAUUCCCUGAAUAGAAAUGGAACGACGCAUAUUUAAAUGGUACCAAAUAUUUAUAUAUUCAUAUCAUUUCUCUAAUGUGCCUCACAAGGCUUUGUUUUUUUUUGUUUUGUUUUUUUUCAAUGGGUGAGGGGGUUGCCCUCUGUGUAAUUAUGUGUGAUGAUGCUGGUCGUAGCAUGAAAUAAAACAUUACAUCUAU